CCGAAGGAGUGGAGGGGCCGAAACGCCUUCAUCGCUGCAGUAUUACCAGAUUCCCAGCCAAGCCGCUGCCUCCACAACCCCAAUCAUCCAUUACUCUCCCCUCCGCUCUCUCUCUCUCUCUCUCUCUCUCUCUCUCUCUCUGAGGGUGAGAGUACACGUACGCCAAAAGAGUACCCCAUUAUUCCUUCCUUUCUCCUCUCCCCCAAUCAAUCCGAGACCUCUUUCCCCCACGACCGUCCGAUCCCAGUCGUCAUCUCAUCAUACACCGUCGGUGGGGGAGGAGCAUUGUAGCAUCUCCCCCCACCCCGAAGCUCCUCCUCUUCUUCUUCUUCUUCUUCUUCCUCCUCCUCCUCCGCUCUCUCUCUCUCUCUCUCUCUCUCUCUCUCUCUCUCUCUCUAGAGCUCUAGAGCUGUAGCAUCUCUUUCUCUCUCUUACAUACAUACAUGCCUGGGUCGGGAAGGAGGAGGAGGAGGGCGACGCUUCGUAGAGGCGCCGGAUAGAUGCCCCACGGGGACGAUCUAGGGUUUCCCGCCCCCUCCGCCUCCGCCGCCGCCGCCGCCGCCGCCGUCCUCGUCGUCGUGCUCCUUGUGGCCGCGGCUCGCCGGAGGUGGCGGAUCGCGGAGGCGAGGAAGGAGGAGGUGAGGCGGCUCGCGAUCCUCGCAGCGGAGGAGGCGGAGGCCGCGCGCGCGGAGGAGGAGGCCGCCGCCGCCGCUGCGGCGAGUGCCGCGGUCGCCGGAGUCGCGGGGAUACCGCAAUCGCCGCCGCCUCCGCCGCCGACGCUGCCGCCGCAGCAGCAGCAGCAGAUUUGCGCCGUGUGCUUCACCCCGACUACUAGGCGGUGCGCCCAAUGCAAGGCCGUGAGAUACUGCUCUGGGAAAUGCCAGAUAAUUCAUUGGAGACAAGGCCAUAAGGAAGAAUGUCAUCCUCUGCAAGUGAGCGACAAAUGUAGCCAACAAGCAUGUAAGUCCAGUUCGAUAGCAGUGCAAGCUGAACAAUCUGAUGUACACAAUGACAAUUUCGCGUGUGAAGGAGAAGUACAGGAGAAGCCAGUUACCACAUCCUUUGAGAGAUCAUCAUCUGAAUCUAACUUAUCUUCUGAGUGUUUUAGUGAUGAUGAUCUCAUGGAGUCAUCUGGAACAGAAAGCACCGAUUCAUCCUCGAAUUCAUCAUCGUCUAGUAGCUUCAGUGAUUCUGGGUGUGUGGCAAAGCCAGAUGGCGCUUUUGCAUGUGAGGAUCAAGAUCGCCUUCAUGGUGCUGAAAUAAGAAAACUCUCUUUCCAAACUGCGGUUGAUACUAGUGGGAUGGAGGAAGCUGCUCCUUCCAAGUCUCCUGUAAAGAAUACUAGUUCCUUAAAUAAGGUUGAGCAGAAGGAUACCUGCCAUAGAUCUAAAGAGCUUGAGACUGAUGUCAUCUCUCCUUUCUCUACCAAGUUCAUGAGUUGUGACCGCCAUUCCAAGGCAAAGCCUUCUGAAAAUUUUAGUACAUCUCAUGAUGAAGUGAGCGGUGCAACUGAGGCUCAAGGUUCUGGUAAUGUUAAUUUCGUUAAAUCUCAAAUCUCUCACAAAGCAGGUCAUGUUUCUAGUGGGGGGAGCAAUGAUGUUCAGUUUCUGCCAUCUAGAAAAUCUUUAGCAUCUUGUUCUUCUAAUCAUUGUAAGUCUUCCGCUGGUGGUGGGCACUCUGUAUCCAACAAUAGUGAAGCUUCUUCAAGAUUUUCGGAGAAUAUAGUUUUAGAAUCAAAUGGAAUGAAGAACUUGAAAACUUCUCUUGCGAGAGUUGUUCUGCAGUUAAAGCCUUCAAAAGUUUCAAAGCAUCAUUUGCCAGGGCUUGCAAAUGAUGUGCCCAUGAAAAACAAGAUGCUUUUUCCAUACGACUGCUUUGUUAAACUAUAUAGCUGUGAUAAAGUGGAGAUGCACCCUUUUGGUCUCACUAACUGUGGCAAUAGCUGUUAUGCCAAUGCUGUGCUCCAGUGCUUGGCAUUUACACGGCCACUUAAUAUUUAUCUUCUUCAGGGACUUCACUCGAAAUCAUGUCCAAUGACAAAGUGGUGUUUUACAUGUGAACUUGAAAGGCUCCUUUUAAAGGCAAAGCAAGGGCAGUCUGUGUUAUCUCCUGCUAGCAUAGUUUCCCAGAUACACAUCAUUGGAAGCCAUCUUGGUCAUGGGAGAGAAGAAGAUGCCCAUGAAUUUCUAAGGUAUGCAAUUGAUUCAAUGCAAUCUGUAUGCCUCAAGGAAGCUGGAGCAAAUGCAGUCGGAAAAUCAGCUGAUGAAACUACUCUUAUACAGUUGACCUUUGGUGGUUACCUUCGAUCAAAGAUUAGGUGUAUGAGGUGCCAAGAAAAAUCAGAGCAACAUGAGCGGAUGAUGGAUCUUAGUGUGGAAAUACAUGGGGACAUCAGAACCCUUGAAGAAGCUCUUGCACGAUUCACAGCUACUGAAAUUUUGGAUGGGGAAAAUAAGUAUAACUGUUCUAGAUGCAAAUCAUAUGAGCGUGCGAGGAAGAAACUGACGAUAUUGGAUGCCCCUAAUAUCCUUACUAUUGCCUUGAAACGUUUCCAGUCUGGUAAAUUUGGCAAACUCAACAAAGCAGUUCAGUUCCCUGAGAACUUGAAUUUAAUACCUUACGUGAGUGGAACAGAUGACAAAUCCCCACUAUACACGCUUUAUGCGGUGCUCGUGCAUUUGGAUGUGAUGAAGAAUACUUUCUCUGGGCACUAUGUAUGCUAUGUAAGAAGUACGCACGGUAAAUGGUUCAUGGCAGAUGAUAGCACGGUAAAACCUGUGGAAGUUGAUGUGGUCUUGUCUCAAAAUGCUUACAUGCUCCUAUAUGCCAGGUGCUUCCCACGUCCGCCAACCUUAAUAAGAAAUGCAAUAUCGGCGGAACAAUUGAAGGUAAAGAGGAGCGUAAGCAGGGAAAACAUCAAUUCAGGAACAAGUGCAGAGAAAGCAAGGUCGACUCCCAUUCUCGAAAGGCCCAACUUGCCUGUUAAAAGCCCAAUAAACCAAGCCCGGCACGUAUGGCCUGUUUUAAAUGAGAGAAAUGAGUUUCCAAGGACCGAUUCUUCUAGCGACUGCUCUUCUCUUUUCAGCUUAUCUGAUGAUAGUUCUUGGAGCACCGAGAGCACCAGAAACUCCACGAGCACUGAAGAGUUUUCUGACUACUUAUUUGGAGAACCGGAUCGGUGUUAUUUGAAUAGCCCUUUGAAGUUCUCAAAGGAAAUCUGAGCUCAAGGAUGUUAAAUAAGAUGGCCGGAUGGAGCAACAGUUGGCAGGGAUUUGUCCCGGUGUUUUGUAAGUAGACACCUAAUGAGUUUAGGAAACUAACAGGGAAAUGGAGUAGAGAGACUGACUCCGUUUAACCCAUUUGAGGUGUAUUCCAAUGUGUUAAUUGAGUUGUAGAGGGCAAACAGCUGAAACAUUUUUGUUGGCAGAUUUGCAUUGUAUAGGAGCAAUAAGGAUAGGCCUUGUUAAUGUAUUAUUCUGUUGCUUAAUGGAAAGAAAAUUGUAAGCUUUUAGUGAAA